GAACAAUUUUAUUUAUUCGGGAAUCAGUUCUUGAUACCAGGUGAGUAGCCAUCUUAUGCAUCGGAACUAUGUCAGAUCAAAUCAUCUCUUUAGCCGGCAGAUAGAAGUUAAGGCACCAGGGUCCGGAAAAUGUAUUUCGGUGACGAGGCCAACUCGAAUGGGAGACUUAUCCUCUACUGUAUUUGGAGGAAACAUCCUGGCAAUUGCAGUUAAUGCCGCAUACCAAACGAUCUCGGUUCACAUCACUUAUCGAGAUCCGCUAUGUCAGGUGAAAGCAAUCAGAAACACUAGAACAUUCGAAAUCCGUCAUAUACGAGGGGUACAAGAGGCUGAUGAUGGAUCUAUUAUCUUGACCUCCAGAGCAAUGGUGACUUACACUACACUUCCUCAUUCGAAAUUAUGGGUGGAUAUAUCUGAAUUGGCCUCAAAACCUUCUGUUGCAUACCCCUAUGGGCUAUAUAAGGACGCCGGACAUUUCACAGACGUGCAAUCGAUCCUGGUCGAUAUCAACGAUGAAGCUGGCGAGAAAAGGGAAAGGAAAAACCAUCAGGUUGCCCCGCAGAAAGUACCAAUUGAAAAGUUUCGCGUGAAAGGCUUAUUGAUAACCGAGGCUGAAAACAUCGCUUGCGCAACGCUGGACUUCUCGCUUCGGAUUUUUACACGGAAUGUGAAUCUUAUGAAUUACGAUAUAAUGGAGCAGAAAACUAUUAUAGCAGAAAAUGCGAGGGCUUUCAGUGAGGGGAGAGUUUGGGAUGAAGAUGGCCGCUUGCUUGCGAGUAUGAGACAGCAAACCAUUUUGCGACCACGAACUAGUUUUGUACCUAGAAUCUGA